AUGGCAUCUCGCCCGCAGAAUGUCGUCUCUGUUCAGGGUGCUCCUGGUGUCCAAAACCGCAGGGAGGAGCAGACUCAUGCCACCGAGAAUACCCUAGAGUCGGCCAUUGGAUAUGAAGUCUACGAGACUGAGAUGUCGGCCCAGGAAUUUGCGCUGCUCAACGCCUUGCUUCAACGGGAGGCCGCUCAGUCCGCUGCAUUCAACGCGACCAGUCACCCUCACGCGUACCUUGGACCCCAGCCGGAUGUUGUCGAUGCUUGGAUGAAUCAAAUUGAUCUCAUCAGUUGUGAGCAAGCCAUGGAGAUUGCUGCUAUAAACACCCUGGAUGAGAAUCUGAAGAGACUCGAGCGAGACCUCCGCAAUUUGGAGGAGGGGAUGAAGCAGUUGCAGCGUUGGUUCAGCUUAGAGCAGAGGAUUCGGAUUAUCAUGCAGACGAUGUUCUUCGCUGCGUGGUUCACUGUGUUCGUCCUUGCUGCCUUUGCUGUAGGCCGCAAGCUCUAG